AUGUCACCGCCAGACCUAAAUCCAAGAGUGGCAUGCUUGGGACUCUUUAGAUCAAACAGACAGAUUCGAAAUCACGACGCGGAGGCGCUCGAGAAAUCCGACUCACAACCUGGUAUUGGUUUUGGAUUGACCUGCACAUGCAUUGGUGUAACCGAAGACCACCAGAAAGGACAUUUACAUUUUCAUAUCACAAUUAACAGGCACAUUCCUGGAUAUGCUCUCCAACAAUUUGCCAACUUGCCCGAGAUUUUUGCUGCUAGGUUGCUCUACCAUUUCGAUUGCACCCACCAGAUCAGUGAGUCUUUCCAAAAGGAAAUUCUACCCCUGAACUGCACCAAACAACAAUGCCCCAUACCUGAUGUUGGACGAGUUUCCAAAGGUCGGGCGCAAUGUGCCACUGAAGAAAGUUUGCAAGAACCCAAAAAGUUGGUCGAGUUUCCAAAGGUUGGGCACAAUGUGCCACUGAAGAAAGUGUGCAAGAACCCAGAAAAGCACGUCCUGAAGAAAGAUCGACCGCCUCACAAGGACAUGAGCAGUGGCGACAUGGGUGGCAAUUCAAACCACGCUGCCCUCCACGCAGGGUACUGUAUUUUACUGGUGCUCUUUCGCAUGCAGGGGGGAAUACGAUCUGGAGGAGGCGAUUCCAUUGUUCACACCAGAUCAUUCGGAUCGAGCCUACCCAUGCUUGGAAAACUGUUUGGCACUAUCACUGUGCGGUUGAGUGCCUGGUUAGCUUAUGGAUACACAGAAAGAUCCAAGUGA